AUGAAGGGGACACUUCUUCUGCUGGCCUUGCUGGUGAUUGGAGAGCUGGGCUUCCAGACAACGGAAGCCUGUGUUCCUUUCUUCGCUGGCUUUGCGGGUGUUAUCUCUGGAAGCAGGUUGUGGUUAUAUCACGAACUUGCUGCAUUCAAUGGCACUGCGGGGGAAAAGGCGGCCUAUGAAAAAGUCCAGGACUGCUACAAAGACGGACACACAAAAAACGUAUUCCUGGAACCCAAAAUUUUGGAAUCCAUGCUCGCCAGUAAGGAAUGUGUGCAAUACUAUAGUGAAGAUAUCAUGUCAAAAAUUAAGGAGAAGCUUGCUAAGUUAGAGCAUUAG